UAGGCCAAUGAAGAUUGAAGGAAUUUGAAGAAAUAGAAAGAUCAAAGAAGUCGCUAAUUUUAUUUGAGACGCCGUCUUUAUUUUCUCACGUCCAAUUGCCCAACAUUGUGUGAAGGUCAAUAAAUAUUACUUUUACCUCAAAUUAAUUAUCUAAAGAUAAAAAAAAUCAACAUGGGGGACCAACAGUUCUUUCUAAAAUGGAACGACUUUCAAACAAAUAUGGUCACCUCGUUCAGGCAUCUGAGAGACGAAAAGAGCUUCACAGAUGUUACACUUGCUUGUGAGGGACAGACUUGUAAAGCACAUAAAAUGGUAUUAUCAGCAUGUAGUCCAUAUUUCAAAAGUUUAUUAGAGGAGAAUCCUUCAAAACAUCCAAUAAUAAUUCUAAAAGAUGUCUCGUACCUGCACUUACAAGCAAUACUUGAGUUCAUGUACGCUGGAGAGGUGAACGUCUCUCAAGAGCAGCUACCAGCUUUUCUAAAAACAGCAGCAAGGCUUAAGGUUAAAGGUCUAGCUGAGCCCCCACCGCAGAUGCCUAGUAUCAAACGUGAAGGCUAGCCGAGCACACAAGUACCCUAAAGACUUUAGUGAUUGAAAUAACACCAAUGUAACAUACCGGUAACUUGCAAUCCCCUUUUUUGCCGUCUUGUUAUGACUUUUUUACCUCUGGUAUAAAAUUUGACUGACAGUCGUCUAACGGUAAUGGUUUGAUAGGUUAAUGUAGCGUAAGAUGCAUUUUUAUAAUGCAUUCCAAUUUCUUUUUGUAGUAAUGUUUUACAAGAUUUUUUAGUUGUACAUCAAUAGUGAAUCUCUAAAGCUGUUCCUUUGUUAUAUUCAGUUUUGUUUUAUCAUCAAUAAUAUUGUGUGGUUUAUGCAGUAUAACUUUUUAAU